UGGAGGUUCUUCCUUGACAACGUUGAGUGAUGGCGGAAACGAGGCCGGACGAAGAGGUUGCAGAAACAGGGAGGCAGGCCCCACGGAAAGAAGCAGAAGCUGUCCAGCACGCCUCUGACGGCGCGAGAGGGGGUUCAAGCGCAGCGUCAAGCUCAGCAGCACCUUCGCCCUCGCUCUCGCCCUGGCAAAAUCCGGCAAUGACAAGCAGCGUCAUUUCCAAUCUCGAGCUCGGACAGGGCCAUGGCGCUCCCGUCGAAGAUCUCGGUACCGCCGGCGAGUCAGAAGCGGGCAGGAAUAGCUCCACCGAGGGGAUUCCUCGAUCUAGCACAGUCGGACGUGAAGGUUUUGGCGGCGCACCGCUGGCGCCAAGGGACAUUCUGGCGCAGAGACCUUUUCUGAGCGAGGCAGGCCCCUCAUCGGACAACACCACGGAUGACGGACAGGGCGCUCGCACUGCUGCUUCAGAUCUUUCCAAUACCUCGACGCUCUCCGCUGCGACAGCAGCUGUGGGGGGAAGCGCAGACGACAGCGCGCUCGACGCCCUCGUCGAAGCACACAAGCGCGAUGAGACACUGCCAGUGUCCGGAUCGUCCACGCCUCACAGAGGAAGCUCGCUGACAGGGAGAUCACCUCGGCCAGACCGCAAAGACGCAUCAUUUGGGCUGGACCCCGAUGCCGACACGGACAAUUCGGUGACGGGAAGACCAUUUCGUCCUCUGGGAGGCUUGCUUUCAAGUCCUUCGUCAAGAGGGCAUCACCACAACCAUCACCACCACCACCACCACCACCACCACCACGGCCACCAGGACCGAUCGCCAUACGACCAGCCAGAAGAAUCAGCGCCGAGCCACACGACUGUUGCUACCGGUGCGCCAGCAACGAUGCAGACUGCCUCUGACCUUCCGGACCCUGUCCCCUCGGUCUCUGCCACGGGCAUGCCUCGAUUCCUUCCCCGUCGAACUUCCGAUUCGCCGCAGAGGAGCCCCGGCUCGCCGAACUCUGCCAAUGCACCUGCGCCCAUCGAGAUGCAACCGCCGUCAGCGGAUGUUGACGCCAGCAAGACACCGGCAUACGCACCCUCCGGCAGCCUGACGCUCGCGGCCUUCAGCCCCGGCCCCAUGUCAUGGGUCCGUCGGCUGAGCCUGGUGGGCGCCUCGCUCGCCAUCAACCUGGGCUUGCCCUUCUUGAACGGUGUCAUGCUUGGGUUUGGCGAAAUCUUUGCACGCGCAGUCGUGGCGCCGUGGAUCGGGCUCGCGCCCGCCGCCGUCAACGUCAAUGCGCCUGGCGCCGCAAAGGACGUGACUGCCGCAAGCUUCUCGCCGAGCAACGUGGGACCGCGGUAUGGUGGAAGCGCUCGGUCGGCGGGGAGCUCAGCAGCAGAUGCAGGGAGCAAGGGAGUCGAUGUAGAGAGCUGGCAAGUGGAUUCAAAGCCCUCCAGACGACGCACGGAGCUGUAGCAAAAGACCAAAGCACGCAAUGAAAGUCGUCUAGCCUUCUCCUGUCAACAGUCGAGCACAAUUUCCAAUAGAUGGAAAGAGGGAGGAAAGGGCAGACCUAUGUGUGGGCUUCAAAACUGCAUUACAAACACGAAGUAGGUAAAUAACACACUGGCAGCGACCUCUCAGGCCUGCUUGUUGGAAGCGGAGAAGCCGGCGACGGGGCUCGACGGCCUUGAAAUCUCCUUUCGCUCCUUUUCCGCAUUGAGGAGCAUGUCGAGUCGCUCCUGCCACUUUGGCACCGAGAGCAGCUUCUGCUCGAGGUUCUGCUUCUCCUCUUGCAAUGCCAGCCGCUUCUCGGCGUCGAGCUUGGUGAAGACGUAGUUGCCUUGGCCGUCAAACUGCAGGACAAAUUGGUGGUAUCGCCACAACGA